CUCUAUAAAAUUACAAAUUCCCGCAUAAACAAAACCCUACUGACAUUCUCUCUUUCCAAAUUCCAGCGAACGAAUUUCCCGAUCAUGUCGAUCGCCGGAAGCUACAAACGGUGGCACGCCGAUCUCCGGGAACGCCUCGAUACGGUAAGGGGUUUACCGAUCACACACUCGCAAUACGAGACAGUGAACAACACCUUCGAGCGAGCUCUGGCCACGAUGCACAAGAUGCCCCGUAUUUGGAUUAUGUACCUCCAGGUGCUGACUCAGCAGAAGCUCGUUACCAAGACGCGCCACGCGUUCGACCGCGCGUUGCGCGCGCUCCCCGUCACUCAGCACGGCCGUAUUUGGGAGUACUAUCUGGUUUUCGUUUCGCAGAAGGGCGUUCCGAUCGAAACCUCUUUGGGAGUGCACAGAAGGUGUUUGAUGUAUGACCCGAGUCACAUUGAGGACUUGAUCGAGUUCUCGAUCAAUUCCGAGCUGUGGCAGGAGACAGCCGAGAGGCUUUCGGGCGUCUUGAACGACGGCCAGUUUUACUCCAUAAAGGGAAAGACGAAGCACCGGCUGUGGUUAGAAUUGUGCGAUAUAUUGACGCAGCACGCUAGUGAAAUUUCUGGAUUGAACGUGGAUGCCAUAAUUAGAGGCGGCAUUAGAAAAUUCACCGACGAAGUUGGUUGGUUGUGGACAUCGUUAGCCGAUUAUUACAUAAGGAGGCGUUUGUUUGAGAAGGCGAGAGACAUAUUUGAAGAAGGGAUGAACACAGUGAUAACUGUGAGGGAUUUUAGUGUUGUAUUUGAUGCAUAUUCACAGUUUGAGGAGAGUAUGUUGUCUAAAAAGAUGGAGACUUUGGGUGUUAUCGAAGACGGGGUUAAUGAGAAGGAAGAGGAAGAUGACGAGAGGUUCGAAUUAGAGAAUUUGAAGAAGACGAUUGAUAGUUUUUGGUUUAACGAUGAUAAUGAUGUUGAUUUGAGAUUGGCAAGAUUGGAGUAUUUGAUGGAUAGGAGGCCAGAGUUGGCAAACAGUGUUCUUCUGAGGCAGAAUCCUUACAAUGUAGAGCAGUGGCAUAGGAGGGUUAGGCUUUUCGAAGGGAAUCCCACGAAGCAAAUUUUGACCUACACGGAAGCUGUGAGGACGGUGGACCCCACGAAGGCUGUGGGUAAACCACACACUCUGUGGGUUGCGUUUGCCAAGCUGUACGAAAGCCACAACGAUGUUUCGAAUGCGAGAGUGAUAUUUGAUAAGGCUGUGCAGGUUGGUUAUAAGGCGGUGGACCAUCUAGCUAGUGUGUGGUGUGAAUGGGCGGAGAUGGAGCUUAGGCACAAGAAUUUCAAGGGUGCGUUGGAACUGAUGCGUCGUGCUACUGCAGAGCCAUCAGAUGAGGUUAAGAGGAGUGUGGCUGUUGAUGGCAAUGAACCGGUGCAAAUGAAGCUUCACAAAUCUCUAAGGCUUUGGACGUUUUACGUUGAUUUGGAGGAGAGCCUGGGUAACCUGGAGUCAACGCGUGCGGUUUACGAGAGAAUAUUGGAUUUGAGAAUAGCCACUCCCCAAGUUAUAAUAAACUACGCAAUGCUUUUGGAAGAUAACAAGUACUUUGAAGAUGCAUUUAAAGUUUACGAGAGAGGUGUGAAGAUAUUUAAGUACCCACACGUGAAAGAUAUUUGGGUCACUUAUCUUUCCAAGUUUGUCAAGAGAUAUGGAAAGUCAAAGCUGGAACGAGCUCGAGAGUUAUUUGAGCAUGCCGUUGAAAUGGCCCCUGCAGAAUCUGUCAAACAGUUAUACCUCCAAUACGCGAAGCUAGAAGAAGACUUUGGUCUGGCAAAAAGGGCGAUGAGAGUAUACGAUCAGGCCACAAAAGCAGUCCCAGCUAACGAGAAAUUAGGCAUGUACGAAAUAUACAUUUCCAGAGCAGCAGAAAUAUUCGGUGUGCCCAAAACUCGAGAAAUUUACGAGCAAGCAAUAGAAUCUGGCCUGCCUGACAAGGAUGUGAAAACCAUGUGCGUUAAAUACGCCGAACUAGAAAAGAGCCUUGGCGAAAUCGACCGUGGCCGAGCAUUAUUCAAGCAGGCUUCCCAAUUCUCCGAUCCUAGAUCCGACCCUGAUUUUUGGAAGAAGUGGCAGGAGUUUGAGUUUCAGCACGGAAACGAAGAUACCGUCACAGAGAUGUUCCGAGUCAAAAGAAGCAUUUCAGCUAGUUACAGCCAGACGCACUUUAUGCUGCCGGAGUAUGUGCUGCAAAAGGAUCAGUUGCGGGCACUAGAGGAAGCGAAGGAUGUGUUAAAGAAAGCUGGUGUGGGUUUUGAAAUGGAGGCACUCGAGAGGAGAUUGUCACCACCAAGUGGCGGCGGUGAACUGGCGGUGAAAGAGAGCGGCGGUAGAAAACGAGUCGGUUUUGUGAGUGCUGGUAGUAUUCAACAGAAGGAUGGAGGAGAAAAAGAGACGGGAAAUAGGGAGGAGAUUAAGCUUCCGGAAGAUGAAUCUGAUGAUGAUCCGACGGUUGAGAUUGAUCAGAAGGAAAUCCCGUCGGCGGUUUUUGGCGGAUUAGCAAGGAAAAGAGAUGAAUUGGAGAAAGAUGCUGUUGAUGAUGAAGAAAACAAAGACAUCGGUGCACUUGAGAGAAUCAAAAGAAUGAGGCAUUUACCAUUUUAGUUCCGUCUCGUCAUUAUUAUUUUAAUAUUUUUUUUGAAAUGGAAGAACGAUUUUCGAUUGAGCUUUUUCAAGUGUUUGUAAAUGCAGGUUUUGGUCUCUUCUUUUUAAAAGGGGAUGUUUAAAUAUAACGGCAAUUUUCUCUUUUAUCGAAUCGUAUUACAUGACAAA